AUGCAGCGAGGUACUGGCUGGCUGGUGGCCCCACCUUUCCUGUGCCAGCAGUGCUGCAUGCAGGGCUACGGGAGGCUGAUGGUGAUUUUAGCCAGAAAUCCCUACAUGCGGAUCGCAUCGUACUUCAAACGCUGGAUUGCUCCCACGAGGUUCUUUGGGGACUGGUCCAUGUUUCCGAUUUGGCUUCGACAUCUCCAGAACGUGAGCCGUUUCACUGAUGGCUUCAAGGCCUGUCGCGGCAGGGGUGAGCUCAACUCGGAUGAUGUGCUGCACACGCGUUCGGUGAAGGAAAUGUUGGAUGAUGAUCGGGUGGCCAAGGAUCUGGAACAGCUUCAGCAGAGCUUAUGCCAGUCCUUCAGCUUCUGCCGCAGCUUCCCGCCCUUCCCCAGCAGUGGAUUUCACCACUCCAAUGUCUUCCGAGCACCUGAGGCGAAGAACUUAGUGAAGGAUCGGAUGAGGUGGCGGAAGAUGUGGCGCGGCCUAAAGCCGCUGAUGCUGGAGCGCUAUGGCUGGGAUUUCGAGCAUUUGGGCUACUCCACGGAGCCCUGGGCUGAAGAUGGUUGGACUCAAAAGGAUCCCUGGGAUCUCAUGCCACGUGAGACCGCCUUGACGCGAGCUGCAUUGAGGAAAGAUGGCGAGCUGCGGCAUGUCUUCAGGGUUUGCAAAUUCACUGAUAUUCGCGUCCCGGUGUGCAACGGCCCAGAGACCACACCGGCCUUUGCACAGAGCUCGCUGGAUGUGAUGUACUCGCGGCAACUCCUAAAGGAUUCCCAAAUCCGCUGGGCAAGCCCCGCUUGCAGGCCAGACUUGGGGGAGACCUCCUUAGCUUUGGUUGACGCGCAAGAAGAGAGCGUUGAGGCGCUUCGUUGGGUCCUCCAGGGCCGGGAUUUGGCCGAGGGCCGUGGAGGAGGGCAGAUCAAUCGGCCGGGCGUUUACCGCACCAUUUGCCUGGAGGUGAAUUUGCGCAGCAAGUUGUGCGUGUGUGCUCUUCAGCAUGCCAGAUACCUCAGCGACAUGGAGGGCGGAGAGUUGAGCCGGAAGAUGAUCCGCAAGGUACUUGAACGUCGUAAACAUGGCCCAACGAAGGUCGGCACCGACAGCACCGUGCGGAACAUGGACCACAGCUCGGAGGCCUCCGUGACCAACUUGGAGUCCUUGGUCUCCAUGGUGCAGGAGAUCUGCAGCGCCCAAGCGGCGAAAGCCAAGGAGAUGGAAACCUUGCGGCAGAACUGGGCCAAGCAGAGCAGGGAGACCCGAACGGGACCGUUUGACGAGGAUGCCUUCAACCAAUUGGCCGAGCAGUGCGAGGACGUCCGGCUGAUGCGCAAGUUGCAGGAGCUUCGUGAUGAAUGGCAGACCCUGGAGAGCUUGUUGGAUGGCCUCUACGGUUGGUUAGCCUCCCCGACCUCCUUACUCUACGAUGCGGCCUUGCUGCGGCGAGUUCAUCAGUACAUGGACCGCGUCUUGAAGCUUCUGGUGGAUGCCGUAAAGAGGAACGGAUGCAGCAUCAUCCACGCAUCCUACAGCAAGGCGGCCGGCGCGGCGCCGGUGAAUGCGACCAAGGCUGAUGGCAACUUGCCCACCUGCUACUACCUUGCCACAUCUGGUACAAAGACAUACGAAGGAGAAUAUCAAUGGGUAAUUGAGCUGGAGAAGGGCUGGAGUGCAUGGCUCCCGGGCAAUGAGCCAUUCCAAGGGAGCACCGCAAAACCCAUGCGCUAUACCUUGGGAAGGUAUGACUUCGAGGUUCACUUCGAGAGCGAGUCCCAUGGCACUCAAACCAACUUGACCACAGGGAAGGUCCGUCGAAUCCAACGGCUUCAGAAGGGCGAAGCGUUCCCUGCAUGGGAAGGCACUGGAGUCCGUCGACGUCCCGCCAGCGCAGCGGCCGGCGCGCCGGCCAAAAACGCGACAGCUGCCCCUGCAGACUCGGCGGCAAAGGCAGCCCAGUCGAACCGCACAGCUCGCCGCAGCGGUUACCCUUGGCCACAGCCGCAGGGUCCGACGCAGGUGACCAAGAGUCAGCCUGGGCGGCCGCAGGUGUCGCAGGUGAUCAUGGAAACCUUCAAGGUGCGAAUCCCGGACGUGGUCAACUUCUACCAGGCUUUGCUGCAGAGCAUGAACGCAAUAAAGGCUUUGCAGCCGUUGAACUUGAAAGAGGAAGAGGCCCAAGCGGCCAUGUACUACGGCAUGAUUUGGUUGGAUCCAUCGGACUGGGCGGGGAUUCCUAUCGAGAUCGACACCGGUGAAAUCUCCUGGGAGGCUGAUCCAUCCGUGAGCCGCAAUUGGAAGCUGGCAGAAUAUUUGCCACCUGCAGUGCAGGGAGACAUCGAAUUCUUCGCCUCCAAUCUGCUCUACGAGCCUCAAAAGUGGCUGGGUCAGCGCUUCGGCCUGUACGAGGAGGCAAAGGAGAACCCAGAGCGUGCUCCGAUGGGAGCCAUGGAGGUUGAUGAGGGCCAGGAAAAGGAGGAGAUGAACAGGGGACGAGGAGAUGCCGGAGGCAGACGCCAUGCCACAGGAGGAGACUGCAGAGAGUGCAGAGAAGCAGGACCAGCAUGUGGCUAA